GAAUAAUACUGCAAAAUGUUGAACUGUGCGGAAUUUCUUUGCAGCUCUACGUUCGUGGAUAUUGAACGCCCCGGAUUGGACAUCGCCGAGCGCAGUCGGCAAUCGAGAGCGGAUCAAAAGCAAGAAACGCAGCGGGCCUCCGGCAGCGGACUCGAGCCGUGGACAAUCUCCAACGAUAACUCGGUCGAUCAGGACGUGUUCCCCACAGUUCGUCAACGGUUCCAACGGUUUGUGCAAGGUGUUAGCAAUAGUGCUCCCAGUGACAGUCCAACGAGCAUGAUCGGUACGGCGAAGAUUCUUUCCGGUGCGGAUGUGGCCAAAGAAAUUCGUGAUCGAUUGAAGAAAGAUGUGAGUGAAGUAAGAUACAAAAUUCCCACGUUCGUUCCGGGGUUGGCCAUUGUGCAGGUUGGAGACCGGGAGGACUCCAACGUGUACAUCCGGAUGAAAAUCAAGGCGGCCGAGGAAAUCGGAAUCCGCGCGGAACACGUGCGGCUUCCGCGAACGAUUACGCAGGAUGAACUGUUGACGGUGCUUAAACGGCUCAACGAAGAUCCAAGCGUCCACGGGAUCAUUGUCCAGAUGCCGUUGGAAUCGGACCACCCAAUUGAUGCUCAUCUGAUCACGGAUGCCGUUUCGCCCGAGAAAGAUGUCGACGGUCUAAACACCGUCAAUGAGGGUCGUGUCGCCGUGGGUGACAUGGGCGGUUUUCUGCCUUGCACUCCCAACGGUUGCAUGGAGCUGAUCAAACGAAGUGGAGUUCCGAUUGCCGGUUCGGUUGCCGUCAUCAUCGGACGAAGUAAAAUCGUUGGAACACCAAUGGCCGAACUGCUCAAGUGGCACGAUGCCACCGUCACCAUUUGUCAUUCGAAGACGAAAAAUCUCAACAUGAUGAUCAAAAAAGCUGACAUCCUUGUGGUUGCCGUCGGUAAACCGGAAAUGGUGCGGGGAGCGUGGAUUAAGCCGAGUGCAGUCGUCAUCGAUUGUGGCAUGAAUGCAAUUCCAGACACGACCAAGAAGAGCGGCCAGCGGCUGGUGGGGGAUGUCAAGUACGACGAGGCGCUGGUGGUGGCAUCGCAUGUCACCCCGGUACCAGGCGGGGUCGGACCGAUGACCGUGGCGAUGCUGAUGCAAAACACCGUUCAGUCUGCCCUGAAAGUUGCCCGGAGAUUGAUCGAAAUGGAGUUUCGCUGGCCGAUCAAACCGUUACCGUUGAAACCGCUGGCGCAGGUUCCCAGCGACAUCGAAAUUGCCCGUUUGCAAACACCCAAAAACAUCUCCCUACUGGCAUCGGAAAUCGGUUUAAUUCCGUCGGAGGUGUCACUGUACGGCGACAAAAAGGCCAAAAUUUCUCUGAAGGUUCUUGAUCGGUUGAAGAACGAAGCGGACGGUAAAUACGUGGUCGUUGCCGGAAUCACUCCUACCCCGCUAGGAGAAGGUAAGAGCACUACUUUGAUUGGACUGGUUCAGGCACUGACCGCUCACAAGCAAAGGAAUGCCAUAGCCUGCCUUCGGCAACCGUCGCAGGGUCCCACGUUCGGCAUCAAGGGUGGUGCGGCCGGUGGUGGAUAUUCGCAGGUGAUUCCGAUGGAGGACUUCAAUUUGCACCUGACGGGCGAUAUUCAUGCUGUCACGGCUGCCAACAAUCUGCUGGCGGCUCAGCUGGAUGCUAGGAUCUUUCACGAGGCUACUCAAACGGAUCAGGCACUGUACGAGCGCUUGGUACCGGCCAUCAAGGGUUCGCGGAAAUUCUCAGCUAUCCAGUUGAGACGCAUGAAGCGUCUCGGUAUCGACAAAACCGAUCCGUACACACUAACUCCCGAAGAAAUUCGACGAUUUUCACGUUUGAACAUCGAUCCGCACAAUGUGGUAUGGACUAGAGUUAUGGACGUCAACGAUCGCUACCUGCGGAAGAUAACGAUCGGAUUGUCUCCGACGGAGAAAAACAUGACACGUGACACCAGCUUUUCAAUUUCCGUGUCCAGUGAGAUCAUGGCGAUUCUUGCGUUGGCAACCAAUCUGGAAGAUAUGAAACAACGACUGGCCAAGAUGGUGGUUGCUUUCGAUCGCUCCGGAGUGCCAGUUACGGCGGACGAUUUGGGUGUCACGGGAGCGAUGAUGGUUCUGCUGAAGGAUUCAAUUGAGCCGACGUUGAUGCAGACACUGGAAGGAACUCCUGUCAUGGUACAUGCCGGACCGUUUGCCAACAUCGCUCAUGGCUGUUCGUCAAUCAUAGCCGAUGACAUUGCCCUGAAGCUUGUCGGAAAAUCUGGCUUCGUGCUGACGGAGGCUGGCUUUGGAUCCGACAUCGGAAUGGAGAAAUUUUUCAACAUCAAAUGUCGUGCCUCGGGCAAACUUCCGAAUGCCGUCGUACUGGUGAUGACGGUUCGUGCUUUGAAGAUGCAUGGCGGUGGUCCACCGGUCAUUGGCGGUGCCCCAUUGCGACGGGAAUAUACGAUGGAAAACUUGGACCUGCUUGAAAGAGGUUUUCCAAACUUACUCAAGCAUAUCGAAAAUGGAUUAAAGUACGGAGUGCCGGUCGUGGUGGCCAUCAAUGCACACUCAACCGAUAGCAAAGCGGAGCAUGAUUUGAUCAAGAAAUGUUGCAAACAAGCCGGAGCAUUCGCGACGGUAGUUUCCGAUCACUGGGCAAAGGGAGGCGAAGGAGCGGCCGAUUUAGCACAGGCAGUGAUCGAUGCUUGCAAUCAACCAUCCAAUUUCAAACUACUGUACGAAUUGGAUCUGACAAUCGAGGAAAAGAUGAUGAAAAUUGCCAAAGAGAUGUACGGUGCCGGAACGAUUGAGCUUUCCCCGAGGGUGAAGGACGCUGUCAGACUGUACACUGAUAAGGGCUUCGGUAAGUUACCGAUUUGCAUGGCCAAAACUGCGAUGUCACUGACGGGAGACGCAAGCGCCAAAAACGCUCCGAAGGACUUCAAAUUAGUCAUCAACGAUAUCUGUCUAUCAGCCGGGGCCGGUUUCAUUGUUCCGAUGUGUGGCGAGAUUACCAAAAUGCCAGGACUGCCCACCAGACCGUCUAUCUUCGACAUUGAUCUGAACACGGAGACGGGCGAGAUCGAGGGGUUGUUCUAAGCGGGAUUAGGUCUGAUCACUGUUCCUUUUGCCAAAGGAAACUAACUACAAAAGUGAACAGAAUUUCGCAUAUCUUAAGCUCCUGAUACAGCUUUUACCUUCAUAUGACAAUCACACUGAGCUAUUAUAUAGAAACUAGAACUAGAAAAUAUUCUAGGCGUUUGUAUUUUGAUUUAAUAAAACACUGCUUUUAUUUACACAUGUAGAGAA